CAACGCUCGUCCUCAUUUACAUCAGAUUUGUGUGUUUCAGGGCAAGAGGCAGAGGAGAGGAAGCCCAAAGAAAUCGUCGACGAGAUUUCCCCAGUUUUUCUGAAGAAGAAGAAAUUCUGUGUUUGAACUGUUUCCAAAUAUAAACAUUAUGACGUCUUCGUCUACCUCUUCGACGAGUUCGGAAAAGAUCUGUUCAUGCGGCUUCAAUUGGGAUGACGACGAUGGAGAAAUGUCGGGUCGGGUUGGGUUAAACCUGGGUCAAAUUGAUCCGAUUCAGUAAUCGGGUCGGCCCGUAGAGCAGUUUUAAAACGCAGGGCUGGGGUGGAAUUUUGUAGCCAAUUAUUUCCGACGCAGGUUGAAGAUAAGCCGAUGGCAGCAGUCACAUCUCUGUCGUCGGGAAUUCUGAUUUCAAGGAAUCGUCCUUCGAUUUCAUCUUUUGAUGGCCAGAAGAAGCAGAUACUGCAUCUCAGUUGGUUCGUGCAGCGUCGUAAUCGCACUGCGACGUCUUCGUCUAAGGCAGCAGUUUCUCCUCCGGUUCGCGCUUCUUCUUCUCCUCCUCCGGAUCCGCGAGGAAAAAGCUGUGAAUCAGAUUUGGAUAAAGCAGUAUUGGUUUCUGAGGAUGAUUUGAGGUAUCUGGUGAAGGUAGGAGGAGGUUCAGUUGCAGGUGCGGCUGCAAUCAAAUAUGGUAGCAUUCUAUUCCCUGCAAUCGCACAACCAAACCUCACUCAGGCGUUGCUCAUGAUCACUGCACCUGUUCUCGCCGCCGUCGCACUCCUCAUCGCCGGAAGCCGCCGCCGCUGAGCCACCGCUCAUGGUGCUAUCUGUCGGCAACGAAAUUUACCAUUCUCCAAAUCUCCAUAGCUCAAAUUCAACAAGAAUGAUGAAGAAGAAGAAGAAGAAGAAGAAGAAGGAGAAGAAGAAGAAGAAGAAGAAGAAGAAGAAGAAGAAGAAGAAGAAGAAGAAGAAUUCGAAGAAGAAGAAGAAGAAGAAUUCAUCAAUCAAGCUUCGAUUGUUCUAUGGAAAAGGAAUUACUUCAUUCAAAUCAGGUAAGCCAUCAUCAUUCAUUACAUUAUGUUACAAUCCACAAAAUUCACAUACAUCAUAGCAACCAUAAAUGCACUCCUCAGCACAACGCCGUAUGCAUGAAUAUUCACCCGAGCUACUGCGAAGCCGGCGUAUAUAUUACAUGUAUAUACACAUACCCGAGCAUGAAUUAGCC